AUGUGUAAAACCCAAACACUUCGCCCCACAAAAUGCCAAGGAGACAAGAACUGUAUACUUGGCAGACCAUCCCCUCACCGCAUCUGCCCGCCACAGGCAGCAGCCUGGACCUUUGUUGCGCCACCCCGGGCAGAGCAGGUCGCCCCAGCUGCGCUGCUCUCCGCGUCCGCCGCAGCGCUGGCGCCUGCGGCAGCACAGGCCAUUGAGCUGCCGGAGGAGCUGGGCUCCAGCGUGAGCAUCGCAGCCCCGUUGGAGACCGUGAUGUUGGGCAUUGUCUUGGGUACCGUGCCCAUCACCGUCUUCGGCCUGUUGGUCUCCGCCUGGUUGCAGUUCAAGAAGGGCCCUACCUUGGGUAUUUGA